AUGCUGGCGCAGAUGAAUCUCUCGUUGUAUGCUGGCGCAGAUGAAUCUCUCAUUGUAUUACUGACAAGUGCUAAUUGGGCCAUACAUGCACCUUACUUCCUAUCUCAUCGGCCUACAGGAUUGGUGUCUCAUUGGCAAUCCACGUGCAUUCGGCGUCUACUCGGCCAAAAUAAAGUUCUUGAAUUGCUCGUAGGCCUUGUCCAAGUCGUCGUUGACAAUGACCAAAUCGUGGGCGCCAGUAGCAGCGUACUCCAUCUCUCCAGUGGCAGCGGCGAUUCUCUUGGCAAUGGAAUCCUCAGUCUCGGUGCCUCUUCCAGUCAAUCUCUCCUUCAAAGUCUCGAUCGAAGGAGGCGCCACAAACAAGUAUCUGGCGUCAAUGGUCGAAGCCUUGACCGACUUGACACCUUGCAUAUCAAUGUCCAAGAGACAGAUUUUGUUGGACUUGACCACGUCUUCAACGGCCUUGAUGGACGUGCCGUAGUAGUUUCCCGAGAACUGGGCCCACUCGAUGAACUUCUUCUCGUCAAUCAUCUUCUUGAAAUCCUCCACCUUGGUGAAGUGGUAGUCCACACCAUCAACUUCGCCGGCUCUAGGGGUUCUGGUGGUGUUGGAAACAGAAAAGCCAAACUUGUCGGGGAACUCAGCAAAGAGCUUUUUCAAAAGAGUGGACUUACCAGUGCCCGAAGGCCCGGAAAUAACAACUGGUCUAGCCAUGGGAAGAACUGA